AUGGAUAAGAAGAAAACCAUUAUUUACUUGAGAUUUCCCUUCAAAAGAGCCGAGUUUGUUGAUCCUCCAAUUUUGAUCAAAAACUGGUCUUCGGCAAAGCAGAGACAGUUGCUAGAUAUCUUGAACAGCCAAAUCAACGACAAUGCAAUUGGCAAUAGCUACAAUGAUAGCUUGGACAAUCUAAAUUGGAACAAUUUGGCCAAGUCGUUUGAUGUUCCCAUCAUUUUUCUUAAAAAAAUGGCUCUUUACUUGUACUCGAAUAAGUUGAACAAUUUGGAGAUCAAUUUAAAUAAUAUCAAUAACAUUAAUAUCAAUCAAGAUAGAGAUAGCAAUAGAGAUAGAGAGCUAAAUCAAGAAAAUAACUCUGGAAAUCAAUUCUCCAAUGAGAAGAUUUUCUUUAGUAACAACUUGGAUAAUUAUCAACAGAAUCUAUAUAAUAAUUAUAGAAAUAAUUAUAGAAAUAAUAAUUUUAGUAAUAAUUCUAAUAAUAAUUCUAAUAAUAAUCCUAGUAAUACUUAUAACAAUAAUGCUAAUUAUAACAAUAUCAAUUCCUAUAAUGUUAUUUCUAAUCUUGAAUUUGACAAAACAGUUAAAAAUAACAAUACCUAUACUAAUAAUGAUAUUUAUGAUAAUCAAACCGACAAUAACAAUAAUAACAAUAAUAACAGCAAUAACAAUAAUAACAGCAAUAAUAAUAAUAAUAAUAAUAAUAAUAAUAAUAAUAAUAAUAAUAAUAAUAAUAAUAAUAAUAAUAAUAAUAAUAAUCACAAUAAUAACCUAUUCAAAGUAGAAUCUGCAAAUCAAAAGAUAACAAACUCCUUCCAUUCAAAUCUCUUGAAUUUGAAUAGCCACCCUAUUCAGCAGUCAAAUGAUAUUCAAUAUCAGAAUAACAUUAUUCACAAUAACACUAUAUCUAAUGACAAUAUAAAUACAAAUAUAAACGUAAACAAUAAUAUAUACAACGAUACAAAUCAUUUUACUAAUAUAAAUAACACCCAUCCUUUAGAUUUUAAUAAACAAUUACUAUCAUCCUCUUUAUCCUCACCACUCUUAUCCUCCUCGUCUUUGUCCUCUUCAUUAAAUAUAAAUAAAAAUAAUAUCGCAAGCAAUAACAACCAAAAUAGCAAUAAAGCUUCUAACUAUAAUAAUCAAAAUAAAAAUAAUAAUCAUAAUAAUUACCAUAAGCAUCUAUAUUCUUCAAAAAUAAUGUCAACAAAACUACCAACUUUUGAUGAUGACGAUGAUGAUGACGAUGAUGAUGAUGAUGAUGAUGAUGACGAUGAUGAUGAUGACAACGGCAACAAUGACUCAGAUCGUGAUAUUGGUAAUAAUCAACUUGAACUUGAUAAUGAUAAUGAUGAUGAAAUUUAUACAAACCAUAAAGUCGAUAAUUUCCUGUAUGCUAACUACUUAAAUAAACUUCGAAAUUUUAGAAACUUCAAGAAAAACAAUUAUUUAAACAAUAGCUUAGUCCUUGAAAAAGAAAAUAAACAAGAUGAUAAUGACAACGACAACGACAAUGAUAACGAUAAUGAUGGGAUCUUAAAUAUAAAUAUAAGAAAAUACUCAGAUAAUGAAAAGACCAAAAUAUUAAAUCCAAAUAUUUUGCUAAAUUUCAAUUCAGAAAACAAUAAUAAAACCAAAAUAUUGAAACACAUUAGCAAAUCUGUAAACGACCAAAACUACAAUUUCAGUCACAACAACAGUUAUAACAAUUACAACUACAACAACAAUUUCAAAAACUUUAAAAAAUUGCACAACAACCCCAACCUCAACUACCAAAUCACCAAGAAAACCAACGACAUCGAUGCAAUCAACGAGUUAAUGAAAAACAACCAUUACAGCAGCACUGGAAACAACACCACAAGCAGCAAAUCCAACACGAAUACAAGCAACACAAACAACACGAACAACAACACCACGACAACGACAGCUUCCUCCAGCUCCUUUAGCGACUUGAGCUCCAUCAGUGUCACCAAAAGUGCUCUUGAAGAUGCUGCUUUGAGCAGCCAGUUCACAUAA